AAGCCGGAGGGAAACUGUAUCUAACAUGAAAACUCACUAAUACUUGUUUAUGUGACUUGUUGGCAAAAGGGCCCUUCAGAACCCAAAAAUACAGUAAUAUCUUCUCUUUUUCUCAACGCUUCAACUUCUACCCAGCAACAGACGCCCGGACCCCGCCUUUCAUCCCUGUCAUUGGCCAGCUUGAGUUGCCAUCUUCCGCUCCGAUUGGUCAACCUUGAUCGGCCGGAUUUUUCUAAUUGGCGAGGCAGUCCUCUGGGAAGCUAAUCGUUCCUGCGGGAGUGCCUCGCAGCGCCGCCUCUGAUUGGUCACGGUGGCGCAGUGCGCGGGACCCUUUAGUUACACUGCCGGAGGGGACCGAUCGGCCCAUGCUGCGCCCAGAAGACGCAGUCCCGAGGGGACUUCCGGGCUCGGGCUCUGCUCAGGCAGGAAGGGGCGGGCGCUGGCGAGCUCGGAACAGGGUUCCUGUGACUGUGCUCCGUCUGGUCUCACAAAAAAUAAAACAGCUGGGGUGUAGCUCCGUGCGAAGGCCCUGGUUCCGUGCUCGGUGCCGGCGGGGGAAAGAAAGGACCUAGAAGAGUCGGGACGCGGAGCCCCGCGCUCCCCUGCGUCGCCCGGAGCCGCCUCGCGGUUCCCAUGGAGGCGCGGUUGCAGGAGGCGCAGCUGCUGAAGGAGCAGGGCAACCAGCGCUACCGCGAGGGCCGCUUCCGCGCCGCCGCCGGCAGGUACCACCGCGCGCUGCUGCAGCUGCGGGGUCUGGAGCCCUGCCCGGCGCCCGCGCCCGUGCCCCCUGCCUCCUGCAGAUGGAGCCGGUGAACUACGAGCGGGUGCGGGAGUACAGUCAGAAGGUCCUGCGGCGGCAGCCGGACAACGCCAAAGCCCUGUACCGCGCGGGAGUGGCCUUUUUCCACCUACAGGACUACGAGCAGGCGCAGCGCCACCUGCUGGCGGCUGUGCACAGACAGCCCAAAGACGCCAACGUCCGGAGAUACCUGCAGCUGACGCAGUCCGAGCUCAGCAGCUACCACAGGAAGCAGAAGCAGCUGUACCUGGGCAUGUUUGGCUGACAGGGAGCACUUUGCUCCCAGCGCGGCUCAGGUGGAGGAGAGCCCCAAGCGGGAGUGAGGAGGCCCCUGCCUCCUGUUCUGUGUUCCGCACGGACUCUACCACUCGCACCUUCCCCGUCUGUGUCCCUCUGGCUUCUGGUACCUGUCCUUGCGGAGAUCUUUGCCAUGAGAGCUGCACCAGGAAGCGCUGGUCAGCUACGGUGGGGUCCAUGGUGUUUCUGCCUGGGCUGGUUGACAGCUGUCGUCGGCUGUGUGCACACCGCACACCUGCGAGGGUGCGCCCAGGAGGAGCGUGUUCUUCCCUUUUCUCAGACCUCUCCCCAAACCAGGAAAUACAUCGUAUUUAAAUGAAAGAUGCGGAAUUAUCACUUGUGUCUAAAUGAAUUCCAUGUUCUCCGUAAUGUUUCACACAUAUUCAGAUUCUUUUUCCCUACAAAAGUAUCUGCUUUCUCUUUUUUCCCUCCUGGUAAUUUCUAGUCCUUGCUAUUAAUCAUUAAUAAAGAAUACUUAUUUUUUUUAA